AUGAAUGGUGGCAUUCGAUAUGAAUACGUCAGGAUAAAGGAAUUAUUGUUGGCAUUGGUGGCUAGCCAUGCAGCUCUACCUCCUGAUCCUGAGGAUUAUUGGAAGUCUGCGCUGCCAAACACUCCCGUGCCCAAAGCAGUCAAGGAUAUUCUGCACACUGAAGUGUUGGAAGACAAAAGCACUUCUGUUGUGGUGAGGAAGGAUGCUGUAGACUUAGGGACGAGUCUCAAGGUGGCUUUUGCGUACGUAUAUGCUGCUACUAAGGACCAACUCCAUGAUAACCCAAAUGUUGCUCUUUUCUUUUUGGAGAAGAAUAUGCACAAAGGCACAAAGACGAACUUGCACUUCAUUAAAACGAGAAGAAAAUCCGUCUUCUUGCCUCACCUGGUCGCUGAAUCGAUCCCUUUUGCAUCCGAAAAAAUGCCUGAAAUUCUGAACAAAUUCUCGGUCUCACCCAAUUCAAUGGAAACUAAAGCAAUGAAGAAAACCAUAAAGCAGUGUGAGGAACCUGGCAUCAAAGGGGAGGAACAAUAUUGUGCUACUCGAUAG